AUGAUUGAAGAAGACUGUGCAAUGAUCAAGGCGACUGAGGAAUACCAAGAUGUAGUGGAGGCCUUUGGCCUCUCGCCUACUAGGUGGUGGAAUAAGAGGCAACUGAACGCAAGGAACACCUGGAAGAUCCCAAAUCAUCUCAUGUGCUUGUGGGACGAUCUUGAGCUAGUCACAGCUCGGGACGGUAGUAUGCAUCCACUAUUCCCAAUGAGAAUAGAAUCACUUCUCCUCGCUCUACUUGCAGAUAAGAUCAAGAAAGAGUCCCCUAAUCCCCCUGGUUCCCAUGCUCCCCUAAGCCCACCCCACUGGAGCUUUCGAAAGUGGAUAUCCAAGCUAGGAAUUGAAAACGGCAAAUAUAUAGCCCCAGAGAGCAUCAUUGACUACGUUUUGUGGUAUGGCCACUGGGGGGAGCUGGAAACAAACAUGAUCGUUAUGAAGUCUAAAAGUCCGGUGACUCGGAGUUGGACUUUGCUUCAAAACAUGGCGAGUAUUCAUUAUGCUCGUAAACUCGCAGGAAGAGACGCAGCUAUCUACGGUGUCAUAACUGACGGGUCAAAAUGGGUAUUCAUACAUCUAACAAAUAAAUGUCGGUACACAAUCAGGGUAUUCUCCUGGGAAGACGAGCAGCACCGGAUUAUUGGCCAGAUCCAGCAUAUAAUUGACCAGGCAGUUGCUUGUCACAGAAAGAUACUGUCACGCUCUUCUCUGCCUACGCCUACUGUUCACCAAAUUAGUGCCCGUCAAAUCAGAGAGCUGCCUGCCCCAUGCCAUAGCCCUGAUGAUGAUGAUGAUGAUUACAAUUCCCGUGUUACUGAGGAGAAUACAGAUAUACCCCUUUUGACCUGGUGA